AUGGAAGAUCAGCAGCAGCAGCAUCCGCCACCAAAACCUCUCACCAGCAUCAAGCUACGCGGCCAGACCAAGAAGCGCUUAGCAGCACGUCUCCUGCAGAUCCACCUGCGCGGCCGGCCCGCAUCCGUCCCCACUACCACCACCACAGACACCACCACCGCCGAAUAUAAGCCUGUGCGCGUUGUCUGCGUCGCCGAUACGCACAACACACAACCCGUUCUGCCGGCCGGCGAUGUACUGAUCCACGCGGGCGACUUGUCCGACAGGGGCUCGUUCGCCGAGGUGCAGGCGGGCCUGUCGUGGCUGGCGGCGCAGCCGCACCAGCACAAGAUCCUCGUUGCCGGCAACCACGACGUGCUGCUGGACGAUGCCUUUUUGGAGAAGCAUCCAGAACGCCGGUAUGGACAGUCCGCAACAGAGACAAGACGAGACCUGGAUUGGGGCGACGUGACGUAUCUCCAAGACCGGCACGUCACGAUUCGCGUGGGCGCCCGGUCGCUCACCAUCUACGGCUCGCCCUGGACCCCGGCGUACGGUGUCUCCGCGUUCCAAUACCGCCCGGACUGCCCGACGCACUGGUCGGAGCGGCUGCGCGCGUUUUCGCCGGCACAGCCACCCGACAUUCUCGUCACGCACGGCCCGCCGAAGCUGCACCGCGACCAGCGCGACUUCUACCGCGCCGGGUGUGCCUACCUGGCGGAGCAGGUGGCGCGCCUGCGGCCCCGGCUGUGUGUCUUUGGCCACAUUCAUGCGGCGUACGGACGGGAAGACGUCUUGGUCGACGCCGUGCGCUGGCAGCACGAUACCGUCGCGAUCGGGUGGGCCGGGUGGGCCGGCGUGGUGUGGAUGCUCAUGCUCGUCGUGUGGGCAAAGACCACAGCGAUGCUAGCAGCACCGCUGCGAAUCAUGGGCAUUCGCCACGACGAGAAAGUGACGACAUUCGUCAACGCCGCCGUUGUUGGCGGGCCAGACAACAAGCUGCGAAAUCCGCCGAUCGUGGUGGAAAUAUGA